GAAGAGACAAAAUCAAGAUUUUUACAUUGCGGGUGCCUUUUAUGCAUUUUCAAGGCAUAUUUUCAUUUCCCCCUGAUUUCCCAUUGAAAACACGAAUUGCUAUUGAUUUCGUUGGUUGUAUUCACGAAAAUGUAUUCGUUCGUAUGCAAUAUUAUUCUCUCGUUUUACGACCGAAAUGCAUACGUGAAACUUUUCGUUGAUUUGAUGGAAAUGUAUUAUGAUGUAUUGUUUAUUAUAAGAAUAAAGCAUUAUUGUGAAGUAUUUUCAAUCAGCAUGGAAAGUCAUACCUUUCCAUUUUUGAAUCGUGUUAAUUAAUAAUCGUUAAUCAGCCUGAAAUGUUGACAGCAGUUUGACGUGAAAUUAAUAUUUCGUUCUUAUUAAAAAGAUGAAAACGUUAAAGAAGAAAAUGUAGAGAAAAUAAAUGUGCCCCUUAAAUCGUUAAUAGACAAAAAUACGUCCGCCGAACGGACAAAUGAAGCGUUCAUUGUUAUUAUUGUAAACAAUAACGCUGUGAAAUAUAUGCGAGUAAUAGAGGUAAGUGUGUCGUUGGAUCGAUGAAUCGUGGGAGGUUCGUAAGAUAGUAGGACCGUUAUCGAGAGUAUCGUUCAGUACAUAAUAAUGGGCCAACACCUUUCGACUCGACAAUUUUCUUCGUACGAUUUCGAAUGGAAUUUUCUCAUUGACACCGAACGUUCGACUGCACCUUUUGACAACAACUGACUCCUUUUCGCUCACGUGAUUGACGAAAAAAGAAAUUCCAAAACGAACGAAAGAAAAAAGGUCACGUGGACGACAACGUUUCUGGAACGAAAGCAGAAAGAAGUGUCAAAUGAAAGCGUCAGUAUGAAAGACACAGAAGGAAGAGUUCGAAGUUAAGUUCGAUGGCGAGAAGGCUGGUAACCUAAUAAAACGUGUUACUUGACUCGCUUGAGUUCAUUUUCUUGGGAUAUUCGAGCGAACGAAGAAGACAGGUGCGCAACGGUCUACCGGUAUCGGUACGAACGAAAUAUCAAAAUGACAUCGUUAAAUGAACGAAAGUGGAUAAUAUCGAAUACAAUUGGGAUGUUAUUGUUAUUAAUUGGUUCGGCCGUUUCUGGAUUGGAUCAUACCGAAGCAUUGCCAUCUAAUCAUAGAAAUGUAUCCGCUACGUUGAACCUAAUGCCAGAGGCUAGGAACGCCGAAGAUCAGGAUUCUAAAAAUCAAACAAUUCGUGUCGCGGACAUCGACUUGACAACGGAACGAUAUUCGAUUCAAUAUUCUCCGAAUGUCAGGAAGGAUUCGAAGAAAGUAAGAAUACCUUUAAUACCUACGUCAGGCGGUAAUAAUUAUUAUGACGGUCUGAGAAAUGUCAAAAUGUUCACGAAGAAGGACACUUAUCUCGAAGCAUUAGAACAUUCGCAUACAAGUAAAGAUCCAAAGGAAGGUGUGGUACAUGCGGAUGUUAAGCCGAAACUCAAGAGACGAGAAUACAUUCAAGGGCCAGUUUAUAAGCCUGAAACGGAAUACGGUGCUCCGAAAGAACCUAACACGAUAUAUGGUACGCCAAAUGAUUUGGAAAGUUCUUCGAAGAGAACGAAGAAUUUUUAUAGUUCAUCAAGCUCUAAUAGCUUCUUAGCCAGACCUGCGGACGGUUACUUGCUGCCUGAUCAAUCCUCGAUAAACUUUAACGAUUAUUCCGCUUAUCCUGAAAAUUCUUACGGGCCGCCUCAAACCAAUUAUGGUCCGCCUCAAAGCAAUUAUGGUCCGCCUAGUCAGACAUACGGAGUACCUGUUCGUCCACAACAAUUUGACGAAUUGCCUUUCGGAAAUUCGUACAUGUCGCAUCAGCAAGGUGAGGCGAGAGGUUACGAUAGUUCAGCUGGUAUACCUUACGAACACACCGGUUCGUCUCUCAUCGAGUUUCCUAGGAUAGAUCUUUCCUGGCCGUUCGCAUUAAAAUUAAAUGCCUUCACCCUCGCAAAGAUCUUGCUUAAAUUGGUACUCUUCAAGAUGAUCGUCAAAUUCAUCGCCGUUAUUUGCUUGUUGCUCUUCAUACCCAAAUUAGAGAUUAUCAAGAAGGCCAAUAAGGACGAGGCCGAGGAAGAAGGUCGUGUUCUCUUUUCUUCUAGCACAGCCUGGGAACGAUUGAACCUUUUAACCGAAGUGGUAAUCAACUCCGUUGAUAAUUAUAUGGCGCAAAAUGAAGAUGGAAGGUACGAGGAGAGAUCGAAAAAUGACGAGGAUUGCAGUACGAUAAUGUGUCGUCUUCGACGUACGUUCCUUUAUAAGGAAUCUUGGAGGGAUUACGUGGAAUUGUUUAAAAGUUAUCUAUUGGAGGAGAAGGAAAUUGUUGAAGGGAAACGACGGUCGAUACGGUGAUUGUGUUAUAUUACGACGAUCGUUAGUUAAAAGGCAAAUCGAUCGUCAAAUCUCAGUGGUACCUAAUUUAUUUUCACUUUUCGAUUAUCAUUAUUUGCUUAUGUAUUUAUUUAUUUACAAUAGUUUAAUUAGGUUAUCUUAAUAAACUCAUCGUCCAUGUGCGCGCUUAUGUGUCCUACUAUAAAUAAUAAUUAAUCCGACGAGCUCUAAUCUCGCUUAGCGUAAUAACAAAUUAUAAGAUUAUUCGGAAA